AUGUAUCUUGCUUGUGAGAGGAGUGGCCAAUAUAGAGCAACAAAGAAGUUAAAACAUGAUUGCAACAAUACAUCAAGAAUAACCGGUACGAAGAAGUGUGGUUGUCCUUUUGAUAUGAGGGCUCACAGGUUUACCACACAUGAUGAAUGGACAUUGACCGUAGUAUGCGGAUUGCAUAAUCAUCCACCUGCGGAGCACCUUGAGGGACAUUCAUAUGCGGGGAGGCUAUCAAAGGAUGAGAAAGCAUUGUUAAUGGAUAUGUCAAAGAGCAUGGUUCGGCCAAAAGAAAUCCUAGUAACCUUGAAACAGCGAAAUGCCCCCAAUGUAAGCACACUUAAAACCAUUUACAAUGUACGCCAUCGAAACAGGAUGGUACAGAGAGCUGGAAGAUCACAGAUGCAACACUUAUUGGGUGAAUUGGUACAGAGAGCUGUGGCAGCCCAGACUGCUCAAUAA